AUGUCGCUAACAAACUGGUCGUUCACCCCUUUUCCUCCUCUGCCAGCUACCAUUCUGCCCAAUGCUGCGUUUUGGAAUGCUACAAACCCAGUCAAUAAUAUCACCUACCAAAUUCAAGUGUCAUGGCCCUUUGAAUGGUCGUCUCGCAAUGUCGCCAACAAAACUGCCCUGUCCAUUUUGGAUGAAAGGUAUGUCCUUGACGGCAACGCCCUAGCCGGCACCGCCUCGGAAGCUUUCAAACGCCGCAAACCCGUCUCCUUCUCCCAGCCCGACGCGGUCGUCAUCUCCGUCGGCUACCCCCUCACCGACUCCGUCUACGACCUUUCCCAACGCGCCACCGACUUUCGCCCUCCCCUUUCCACCCCCCAAACCCCACCCUCCGGCGCCGACCCCUUUCUCGCCUUUCUAACCUCCAGUUUGCGACCCUUUGUCAAAUCAACCGUCUUCCCCAACAUCAACUUCACCCGCGACGCCCUCUACGGUCACUCCUUCGGCGGCCUCUUCGUUCUCUGGUCAUUGAUUCAGAACCCCAACAACUUCGACACUUACCUCUCCGCCUCCCCCGCGCUGGAUUGGAACAACGCUUCUCUGCUAAACGACAUAACAACAAGACUAGGAAACGGAAUUGACAUUCCUGGCGAGCUCUACUCAUCCAACCUCACCUCGUCCAAGCUCUCCAGACCAGCCGUGAUGAUCACCUACGGGGAAAUAGAGCAGUUUCCCCAGCGGAAGAGGACCGAGACGGAGGCGGAAUUCCAGUUUCGCAAAAACUUUAUCCAGCCGUUCAAGAUGACGCGGUAUGCGCGGGAAGCGUUUGACAGGAUCGAGGGGAGCGGAAGGGUGAGGGAUGUGGCGGUCAAGGAGUACAAAGGGCAGGACCACAGCAGUGUUGGGGCGAGCGCGGUGAAUGAUGGGGUGGAUUAUUUUAUUGAUUGGUAG